UUUCCUAUAAUACAGCCCCGAAAAUAUGAACAAUAGCGGCCUUAAAACGUUUUCAACCAUGGAAAUAACAGCCACAGCAACAGCAGCAGCAACCGAAACAACAACAAUAAUAGAGCACAAUAACAAUAAGAAUAUACAAAAUAAGAACAGUAACAUGGCAGAGGCCGCACCAACAGAAUUGCUCAAAACACCACAACAUAAGGGUGCUAGUUUACUUAAAAAGUACUAUCGCUUUAUUUACACACCAGAUGAUAUACUUAAACCAACAAGAAACACAACAGCCGCACCAGCAACUACAUAUGCAAAUACCUCAACCUCAACCUCAGCAAAGAUCACCAAAGAGCAAAUCUACAUAGUCCCCACUCAAGGCAAUGGCAACAUUAACAAGCAGUGUUUGCAGGCCGUAGAUGGGGCAGGAGGUGGGAGCAGCAAAAAGGACUCCACCAGUGCCAUGUCGUCCUCGUCUAAAUUAAGAAGUGCCUUCAUUCAAAUUACAACGCCAGCAGAUUUAACGGCAACAUCGGCAGUGCCACAAGAGCAAUAUCAGCUUCAACAGCAACAGCAACGCACUGAGGACCAAGAAAAUGCCUUUCGACGCAUCGAAGAUGUACACAACUAUGCCAAGCUACAACAGUGCAGUUAUUCAAAUGAUGGCAGCACCGAAGAGGACGAUGAUGAUGACGACUGCGAAGAUAUUGAGGCGCACAAGUCUGUGCCUCCAAAGUCACCGCCAGCGCCAAUACCGUCGCAGCCUUUGCCUAUUGUAGCCAGAUCCACAUGCAAAAAUGCCAUCGACGAUUCUGAGGAGCAUGUGGAUGUUGAGACUGUCACGAAGAGGGAGGAGGUUGAAUUACAUGUCAAUUUGAUAGACGGUGCUCGCGCCCGUAUGGCAGAAGUCCAGUCAAAUGGUCCGAACGCCACUACUGGCGCUGAUAACGAGAUGCGUCCUGAGCACCAUGCACGCCGCCCAAUGAACGCGUUUCUUAUCUUCUGCAAGCGACAUCGUGCCAUUGUCAAGGAGCGCUACAAGUCGCUAGAGAACCGAGCUAUUACCAAGAUACUUGGCGACUGGUGGGCCGCAUUGGACGAAAACGAGAAACAGUGUUUUACCGAUUUGGCACAGCAGAAUAAGGAUGCAUUCUUCAAUGCCAAUCCCAACUUCAAAUGGUACAAGCUGCCAGCGCCGCCAUUGCGAACGCUUGCCACGCGGCCCAGCAAUGCCAAUAGUAGCAAUAUUGGCCACAGUAACAACAACAUAUCUGGCGAGGAUUAUGCUCAGCAACUGCAGUGGAUCGCUGGCAACCCUCCUCAACAAGGACUAAUGGCUGCUGGAAUGUCUGCGGCGGCUGCACUGCCACCAAAUUAUUUCAAGCUGGCUGAUGAGACGCAAAUGGGCGAGCUAAGUGCGCUGAUGAGUGACAAUGCAGGGGUCCAGGACAAGGCGUUGGCACUGCAGCAGGCGCUGAGCGAGACAACACAAUUCCUAAGCGCGCACAUGCCCAAUAGCCAAGCUAAGAGCAUCAGUAGCAGCUACCAAAAGCGCACCCUGCUCCACGAUAGCGCCAGCAACUCCAGCGAGGAGGACGCCAGCUUUGUGUCACAGUGCAAAAAAGCGAAGACAACGCGAUCCUGCAAGGGCAAAAUAUACCAGGAGCUCAUCAACUCGGGCCAGAUUGCGGCCAUUGCCAAGAAGAGCAGCAAGAGCGCCAAAAUACAGCAGUUGGACGCCAGUGGCACGCCUCCCAUUUCACCACCAGAACAUUAUCAUCAACUGCUGGAUGCCGAUGGUCACUCAUCUCCACAGUCGGCACACAAGCAGGAUCGCAGCACUUCCGAAUGCAGCAGCAAUGGCGGCAUCGGCAUGACACCCGACUUUGAUUUGGAGGAGAAGAUCAAGGAGCUGCCGGCCCUAAGUCUAGAUGCGUAUUUGCAGCGCAAACGAAGCAGCAAGAAGAAGAAGAAGUUCAACCCAACUAAAAAGCAACGCAACUCCAAUUCGAGCAGCAACAGCAGCGCUGUUGGCAAUAAAAGGGCGGGCUCUACCAUUUGUGCCACAUCCUUCGCAACUGUGACUGGGGAGGAACGACAGCAGGAAGCGCAGCAGGCGGCAGCUGCCGCUGCUGUGGGCAGUCAGAAACGGAAGGCACGCAAGGAGAGUAUCACGCGUCGCAAUGUUAGUGCUAUUGAACAGGAAGUGGCCUCCAUACUGCCCCUGACGAUCAAUGGCACUUAUUAUUUUAAUCAGACAACAUCGGGUGCUGCGCCAAUGCGCAUCCAAUCCUCGGCAGCGACUCUAGGCGGAGCUGAAGCGACUGGUGCCGCUACAGCUGUAGCCGUGCCUGCUGAGAAUGUCUCGCCACCGCUCUCCUCAUCCUCGGCAUCGUCUUCAAUGUCGGCCUACGAGCAGCAAUUCGAUGUGACCUCUACCUCAGAUUUACUCAUUCUAGCCGAAGUGGCCGCCAACCGCACUGAGCUGGCCAAUUAGGCCAGUCAACAAUUAAUAAAAUGGGAAUAGAAGACGAAGGAGCCAAGCUCCGGCACAGCAACAUGAACAGGAAUGGAAAAGGAAUGAUGAUGGCGUUAUACAGAUCCUUGUUGUUUAUUUAAGUUUUUGAUUUAUCAAAUCGCACGCGCACCUUUAAUUUUAUCGACAAUUGUGUAAUUGUUGUCAUUGUUAUUGCCGAGCACCGAGAUUGCCAAGUGCCUAUGCUACGGUCUAACUGUAAAUUAAUGUAUGCAAACACACACACACUUACACAGACAGACAGACAUACACAAACACACAUUAUAGUAGUAGUAUGUAUGCAUGUAUGUAUGUGCUAAAUCUAUUUGUAUGUUUAAACCAUUGCUGUUGUUGUUGCCCGUGGCUGAUGGAAGAUGAUUAGAUGAAAUGAAGUGAAAUGAGAGGAGAUGUGAUGUGAUGUGAUGUGUGUGUGUGUGUGUUAGUCAGUCAGUCAAUAGUCAGUCGUCAGUCAGUUGUACAUGUGCAGAAAAGAGACGGGAUGCGAUAUGGAACAGACAUUCGUUGAUCUACAAUUUAGUCAAUAAUUUAUAGAGAAAGAAAGGGGGGAGAAUAGUAGGAAGGAUGGAAGGAAAGAACUAAAUGCAACGGUAGUAGUGUAGAGAAUACUUAUUUGUUAUUGUAGACCACAAAAUGGUUUUAUUAUUAUAUUUUAUUAUUUGAUUUUUUUUUAAAAUGACUUGUUCUGUUUUUGUUAAGUUUUAAACGAGCCGUGUUGCUAAACAACAACAUCCAUACAAACCAUACACACAAACAAACAUACACCAAGCAACCACCCAUACACAUAAACACACCCGUGUAUGUGCAGCGCUUAUUAACUGUUAAUGAAUAUUAUUUCAAAUAGUUAUAAUUUAUUUUUAUUAUCAAUCUGGCAAGUUUACCCAAAACAAUAUACACACUUUUAUAAAUAUAGUAUAUGAAAAUUUGAUAAUGUA